ACAGACUGCACUAAAGGCUUCAAAUUUAUAUUGGUAUCAGUUUUGAGUGCCAUCCAUAUUUAUUUCUUUCAAUAUUGGAGGAGAAGACGAGAGAGAGAGAGAGUGACAGAGAAGAGUUUUGGGAAGAGAAACGAUGGCACUGGGUGUGAAGGCUCUUCCAUUCACCUUUGUGGUACACGUGCUGGGAAUUGCAGGUCUGAUUUUAGUGUUGGUUUGGACCAUAGAUUUCAGAGGCGGUUUAGCAUGGGAAUCUACCAACAAGAGCCUCAUAUUCAAUAUCCAUCCUGUGCUUAUGUUGGUAGGCUUAAUCAUCAUAGGGGGUGAAGCCAUAGUCAGUUAUAAAUCACUUCCUUUCAGUAAAGAUGUGAAGAAGUUGGUACAUCUGGUGCUCCAUGCUAUUGCUCUGAUACUCGGUAUCAUCGGAGUUUAUACUGCUUUCAAAUAUCAUAACGAGAGCGGCAUCGCUAAUCUUUACAGCUUGCAUUCCUGGCUUGGAAUUGGUAUUAUUGUCCUCUACGCCCUUCAGUGGAUAUAUGGGUUCCUGAUCUUCUUCUACCCAGGAGGACCUGGUGAGCUUAGGAGCUUCUCUAUGCCUUGGCAUGUCGUAUUUGGACUUUUCGUGUACGUGUUGGCCGUCGGCAAUGCUUCAUUAGGGUUAUUGGAGAAGCUUACUUUCCUGGAAAAUUCUGGGCUCGCCAAGUAUGGCUCCGAGGCCUUCCUUGUCAACUUCACCGCCGUUAUCACGGUAUUGUUUGGUGCGUUUGUUGUGUUAUCUGUGCUUUCUCACGCUCCAGCAGAAGAAGACCAUAGCUAUUCGGCUAUUUAAUUAGUGCAUGUGUCAUGUUUUUUAGUCUUGACCGAUGGAUGCAUGGAUUUUCUAUGUGGUUUGAUUAUUCGCUAAAAUGAUGUGUACUAUCUGUAUUCUCUGGACAUAACUUGCGACCUCUAAUAAAUAAAGUGAUUAUUGUUCA